GGAGGCGAGUGUCGGCAGCUGUGGGGCCGGGCACCGCGGGGCCUCUGCGCGGCGUGCGCGAACCCGGCGACUGUCGGCGUGAGGGCCGGCGGUUGACGUAGGCCUCGGGGCCGGAGCGCGUGGGAUAUGUUCUGCGAAAAGGCCGUGGAACUGGUCCGCGAGCUGCAUCGCGCGCCAGAAGGGCAGCUGCCGGCCUUCAAUGUGAGCGAGGCCGCGGAGGAUGGACUCAGGCAAGUUCUGGAGGAGAUGAAAGCUUUAUAUGAACAAAACCAGUCUGAUGUGAAUGAAGUAAAGUCAGGUGGACGAAGUGACUUGAUACCAACCAUCAAAUUUCGACACUGCUCUUUGUUGAGGAAUCGACGCUGUGCUGUAGCGUAUUUGUAUGACCGAUUGCUUCGGAUCAGAGCACUCAGAUGGGAGUAUGGCAGUGUCCUGCCCAACACUCUACGGUUUCACAUGUCUGCGGAAGAAGUGGAGUGGUUCAAUCAUUAUAAAAAGUCCCUUGCUACUUAUAUGAGGUCACUGGGAGGAGACGAAGGUUUGGACAUCACGCAGGAUAUGAAACCUCCAAAAAGCCUAUAUAUAGAAGUGCGGUGUCUAAAAGACUAUGGAGAAUUUGAAGUUGAUGAUGGUACUUCAGUCCUAUUAAAAAAAAAUAGCCAGCAUUUCUUACCCCGAUGGAAGUGUGAGCAGCUGGUUAGACAGGGAGUUCUGGAGCACGUGCUGUCCUGAUCUUGUGCUACAGCAGCACAAGGGGGAACCACACCAUGGAAAGUUCUACCCGUCCCUCCUGACCUCGCCUCUUUGGCUUUAAAAGUUAAGACAUUCUGUAAGAUAACCAGAAGUGUGUGGCUGAGGGGUGAGGAUUCAUCCUCCGCUUUGUAAUGAACUGAAAGCUAUAUCUGUAUUUAUAAUCAUAACAUUCUUUCAGUUACUGCAAUAUGGUUUUUUGACCUUUUUUUUUUUAAUGAAAGUAAACAUCUGUUGUGUUUGAUUUUCUUUUAUUUUUUUUCUCCCCAGUAAUGACUUUAUUUUUUCAGUGAAUGUCUCCAGCCCACAAUAUAGCAUACCGCCUUAAAGUACAAAUCCAAGGAAGGUAAUACCUUUCUUAAGUUACAAAACUUUGGCAAAUUAAUACAGUGCUCUUUAAUACAAUAAAAUCCUUUUUUGUUUUUGGA